GGCGGAACGCCGAGGGGAGGUACAAGUGCGCAGGCGCAGGGCGCUAAACCAUUCUCCCGCCCUUCGGGAGGCCUUGGCGGUGGGAGGGGGAAGUAUUCAACAUUAAUUAAAAUGUCUUCCACCAACUCUCCAAAUGCAAGUGAAACACCCAAAGAGAGAAAACCAGGAUUGAGAACUGUUCAGACAACUAUGCUCUUCCGAGCUGUGAACCCAGAGCUUUCCAUUAAACCUAACAAGCCUGUGAUGGCAUUUGGGCUCAUAGCAAUUACCCUCUGUGUGGCCUACCUUGGUUAUUUGCAUGCAACCAUAGAGAAUAAAAAGGACCUCUAUGAAGCAAUCGACAGUGAGGGGUCCAGGUAUAUGAGGAGGAAGACUUCCAAGUGGGACUGAGAACGUACGGAAGGAAAUCAGCAAAUCAGUAACAGGACUUUGCCAGGCAACUACUAUUUUUUUUUCUCUGUCCCUUGAAAUAAUGGAUAAAUGUCUCUCUUGCUGUUCAGUCCAGUUCAAAUUCCUUUGUAAAAUGCCUUACCUGUACAAAUGAAUUGCAAUUGAGAUACAUGUGAACAUAAAAGUGGCUUUAAGAACUGUUGUCUGCAAACUCCACGGCCUGUCAGAAGACGUGAAAUUACCUCGGGCAUGCAGUCAAGACAAGUAAAUGCCU